AGGGCCGGUCCAGGUGGAGCCACUGGCUGGCGUCUGUCAGCCACAUGGGGGGAUGAAUGAGCGGCGCUGGGGAAAGUGGAGUCUACACUCUUCUUAAAGGAGGUUUCGUGGAAUCGAGCGACCGAGCCGUGAUUUCUCUGCGGAAGACGGAUCAUCUGAAGGCGGCGUGUUUUUUCAGCCUCCGUGGGGAGCGGCAGCUCCAAGAAACGCGCUCCUCAUUCAACUCGGCGCGGACUGGAGCCUCCCGGAGGAGGAAAUGCGGCUGUUUCUGGGCGUUCUUCUCAGGCUAGGGAUCACAGACUGACUGAAGCCCGUCUCUGCAGUCAAACAGCUGGGAAGUUGUUUUCACUGGAUGGAUGGAUCUGUCGCCUCUGAGGAGCGGGGCGGGCAGUCGGAGGAGCAACACCCAGGAAAAUGAUGCACCAUGGAGGGGCAGCCGCUGAACUUUGAGCAACAAAUUCACCUCGGAGCUGCCGGCGGCAUGGGGAGCCGCGGAGGCCAGGAGCUGUCGGAGCGACCCUGAGGAGCCACUCUCGUUGUUUUGCUGGAUCUUCUUGCUGACUCUGUCAGUGAGGACCUGCCGGGGGACGGUGCAGCAGGCUCUGCUGUGAUGCUUCAUCUCCAUUCCUGUUCUGUCAGUGUCGGUGUCUCCAGCCAGAUUUUCGCAGUCUCAGAAUGGCUCGUUUUGAAGACGAUGCGUCCAGCCGCUUCAGAGGCAGCGGCCCCGCGGGGCCAGCCAGAGGGGCCAACCGGCAGCCGGGGCCUCCGGGGGGGCAGAGGAUGUACAAACAGACCAUGGCUCAGAGAGCCAGGACCAUGGCUAUUUACAACCCCAUUCCAGUCAAACAGAACUGCCUCACCGUCAACCGCUCCCUGUUUAUCUUUAGCGAGGAUAAUAUCAUCCGGAAAUAUGCCAAAAAGAUCACAGAAUGGCCUCCGUUUGAAUACAUGAUCCUGGCCACCAUCAUAGCAAACUGCAUCGUUCUGGCCUUGGAGCAACACCUGCCAGCUUUGGACAAAACCCCUCUGUCAGAACGUUUGGAUGACACAGAGCCCUACUUUAUUGGAAUAUUUUGCUUUGAGGCAGGCAUCAAGAUCAUUGCCUUGGGUUUUGCUUUUCACAAAGGCUCCUACCUACGUAAUGGCUGGAAUGUAAUGGACUUUGUGGUGGUCCUAACAGGGAUCCUGGCCACUGUAGGGGCUGAUUUUGAUCUGAGAACACUGAGAGCAGUCAGAGUCCUGCGGCCCCUCAAACUCGUCUCUGGCAUUCCAAGCCUUCAAGUGGUGUUGAAGUCCAUUAUGAAAGCAAUGGUACCUCUGCUCCAGAUUGGAAUGCUGCUUUUCUUUGCCAUCCUCAUGUUUGCUAUCAUCGGCCUGGACUUCUACAUUGGCAAAUUUCAUCGAACAUGCUUCAAGAAUGGAACACAAGAGCAGGUGGCAGAUUUCCCUUGUGGACCUGAACCUCCAGCAAGGACCUGUGGCAAAGGGAAUAUCUGUAAAGAGUACUGGCUUGGACCUAACUUUGGGAUCACAAACUUUGACAACAUCCUGUUUGCCAUUCUCACUGUUUUCCAGUGUAUCACUAUGGAAGGAUGGGUGGAUAUCCUGUACAAUGCCAAUGAUGCCUCUGGGAACAUGUGGAACUGGCUCUACUUCAUCCCUCUCAUCAUCAUUGGGUCGUUCUUCAUGCUCAACCUGGUGCUGGGCGUGCUGUCGGGAGAGUUUGCAAAGGAAAGGGAGCGUGUGGAGAAGAGGCAAGAAUUCCUGAAGCUUCGUCGACAGCAGCAGAUUGAAAGAGAGCUGACUGGUUAUUUGGAGUGGAUCUGUAAAGCAGAAGAGGUGAUGUUGGCUGAGGAAGACAAGAACGCUGAGGAGAAGUCUCUGGAUGGAGCUUGGUACAAAAGGAAACAUAACCCCAACUCUGUGCUGAAAAGAACGAAGAAGAGUAAGAAUGACCUCAUCAAUGCAGAAGAAGGGGAGGACCAUUUCACUGACAUUUCAUCAGUUGCCCCCCCAGGGUCGCCAUUUGCACGCGCGAGUGUGAAGAGCAAGAACGAGAGCUCGUCUUACCUGAGGAGGAAGGAGAAGAGAAUUCGCUUCACCAUCCGCCACCUGGUCAAAUCCCAGACGUUUUACUGGACUGUAUUGUGUCUUGUUGGCCUCAACACGCUGUGUGUAGCUAUAGUACACUAUGACCAGCCAGAGUGGCUUACGUAUGCAUUAUACCUGGCCGAGUUUGUGUUUCUGGGAUUGUUCCUGGCUGAGAUGACCAUGAAAAUGUACGGCCUUGGACCCCAGACCUACUUCCACUCUUCUUUUAACUGUUUUGAUUUUGGGGUCAUUAUUGGGAGUAUUUUUGAGGUGGUCUGGGCUGCGAUCAAACCUGGUGCUUCAUUUGGUAUCAGUGUCCUGAGAGCUCUGCGACUUCUCCGGAUCUUCAAAGUUACCAAGUACUGGAACUCUUUGAGGAACCUGGUGGUAUCCCUACUCAACUCUAUGAAAUCCAUCAUCAGUCUGUUGUUCCUGCUCUUCCUCUUCAUCGUGGUCUUUGCUCUGCUGGGAAUGCAGUUGUUUGGUGGACAGUUUAACUUUGAGGAUGAAACUCCAACAACCAACUUUGACACAUUCCCAGCUGCUAUUCUCACUGUGUUUCAGAUUCUAACUGGGGAGGACUGGAAUGCUGUCAUGUACCAUGGGAUAGAAUCUCAGGGUGGUGUGCAUGGAGGAAUGUUUUCCUCCAUUUAUUUCAUCAUUCUCACUCUUUUUGGAAACUACACACUGCUCAACGUGUUCUUGGCCAUCGCUGUUGAUAACCUUGCAAAUGCCCAGGAGCUUACAAAGGAUGAAGAGGAGCAGGAGGAGGCCAUCAGCAAAAAGCUGGCUCUUCAGAAGGCUAAAGAGGUACAGGAAGUCAGCCCUAUGUUGGCUGCUAACAUUUCAAUCACAACGAGUUAUGUCUGCACCCCAGUCCAUCACUACCUGAGCAAUGAGCAGCAGAGGUCAGUCAAGACGAUGUCUGUCUGGGAGCAGAAAGCCAGCCAGCUGAGGAGGCACAAUCAGGCGAGCUGCGAGGUCUUAUAUGAUCCCGAGGAGUGUGUCCGCCUCCCCUCUGGCCUUCAGAUGCGGCCUGACAUGAAGACCCAUCUUGACCGGCCCCUGGUUGUUGGGCAUUCCGAUAUGCUGUUGAUGAGAGGCCAUCAACAUCACCGUCACAAGCCGGGCACUCCGGAGGAAGCAGAGACUGCCGCUGAUCCACCGUCCACUCCGCCUCAUUCUCAUCACCGUCACAACCGCCACAGAGACAGAGGGCGGGCUAAGGUGAAAGAAGAGCCCAAUGACAGCGGUGGUGACAGUGGCAAAGACGGGAGGCAACACGUCCAUCAUAGCCGCUUCAAAAACCAUGACUACAGCUGUAGACAAGAGGAGAAGAGCAGGAGGUCCUCCAGCAAAGACAGGAGCAGGAAGCAUCACCAUCACAGUUCAAUGGAUGAGAGUGCAGGUGGGGAGGCCACAAGAGAGAGAGAGCAUCGGCAUCAUCAUUCACAUCGACAGUCCAGAGGGGGGAAUGGGACAGUGAAUGGUGGGGGUCGAGGCGAGCACAGGCUUCACCGUAAAGAUGGUCGAUCAUCUAACAAGGACGGGGAUAGAGAGGGCAAGAGGAGGAGGCAUCACACACACGGGUCGAGGAGUCAGUCCAGGGCUGAAGGAGAGGAGUCAAACGAGAGAGAGGAGCCAAAUACUAACAGGUUUGGUGACUCAGAUGACAUUUCCCAGCAGCCAGGCUCUCUGGAAACAUCUGGCCAGCCAGAGGACUCAGACAACCAGAAGAAUGUCAGAAGAACAGGCCAGACCUCCAUCCGCAUUCCCCCUGUGACUAUCACCACACCUGGAGAGAUCACUAUGAUACAAAUGAACAGUACUGACAAUGACUCAGUGCCUAUGAGAGGCACUGAGAGGAGAAGAGGAGAAGAGGAGAAUGAGAAGAACCUGAAGGAUCAAUGUCACUCUGGACCAAGACCCAUCUUAGCUUACAGCUCAAUGUUUAUCUUUGGACAGACCAACCCGGUGAGGCGGUUGUGUCACUACAUUGUGACCCUGCGGUAUUUUGAGAUGUCCAUCUUGGUUGUUAUCGCAAUGAGCAGCAUUGCUCUGGCAGCUGAGGAUCCAGUCUGGACAAAUGCCCCUCGCAACAAUGUGCUCAAAUAUCUGGACUAUGCCUUUACUGGGGUUUUCACGUUCGAAAUGGUGAUCAAAAUGGUGGAUCUUGGACUGCUUCUCCAUCCUGGAUCUUACUUCAGAGACCUGUGGAACAUUCUGGACUUCAUAGUGGUCAGUGGGGCUCUGGUGGCAUUUGCAUUUUCGAGCUUCAUGGGUAGAUCGCAGCAAGCUGUGACCAGGGGGACUAAAGGCAAAGACAUCAGCACCAUCAAGUCACUGAGGGUUCUCAGGGUUCUUAGGCCUCUCAAGACCAUCAAGCGUCUGCCAAAACUCAAGGCCGUUUUUGACUGUGUGGUCAACUCUUUGAAGAACGUGCUGAACAUCCUCAUUGUUUACAUCCUCUUCAUGUUCAUUUUUGCUGUUAUUGCGGUUCAGCUCUUCAAGGGAAAAUUCUUCUAUUGCACUGAUGAGUCCAAAGCCCUGGAGAAAGAUUGCAAAGGACAAUUUCUUGACUAUGACAAAGAAACAGUGGCAGCAAUGCCAAGAGAGUGGAAAAAAUAUGAAUUCCAUUAUGACAAUGUACUCUGGGCCUUCCUAACUCUCUUCACAGUCUCAACUGGGGAGGGCUGGCCAACUGUUCUGAAACACUCUGUUGAUGCUACCUUCGAAGAUCUAGGUCCCAGCCCUGGCUACCGCAUAGAGAUGUCCAUCUUCUAUGUGGUCUACUUUGUGGUCUUUCCAUUUUUCUUUGUCAACAUCUUUGUUGCUCUGAUAAUUAUCACCUUCCAAGAACAGGGAGACAAGGCCUUGUCUGAAUGCAGUUUGGAAAAGAAUGAGAGGGCUUGUAUUGACUUUGCCAUAAAUGCGAAACCUUUGACACGCUACAUGCCAGAGGACACACAAUCCUUCCAGUACAGGAUGUGGAAGUUUGUCGUUUCAGCUCCAUUUGAGUACUCAAUUAUGAUCAUGAUUGCUCUCAACACUGUGGUACUCAUGAUGAAGUUUCAUGAAGCUCCAGAUUUGUAUGAAGCGAUGCUGAAGUACCUCAACAUAGUGUUCACCACUCUUUUCUCUCUGGAGUGCAUUCUCAAGAUCAUCGCCUUUGGUCCCCUGAACUACUUAAAAGAUGCCUGGAAUGUAUUUGACUUUGUGACAGUUUUGGGGAGCAUCACAGACAUCCUGGUGACUGAAAUCAAAACUACGGACAGACUAUUGAAUUUGAGCUUCCUGAGGCUCUUCAGAGCAGCUCGACUCAUCAAGUUGCUGAGGCAGGGCUACACCAUCCGCAUCCUGCUCUGGACCUUUGUCCAGUCUUUCAAGGCCCUGCCAUAUGUGUGCCUGCUUAUUGCCAUGCUGUUCUUCAUUUAUGCCAUCAUUGGGAUGCAGGUGUUUGGGAACAUUGAGCUGAAUGAAGACACAGCUAUCAACCAUCAUAACAAUUUCCGCACUUUUCUCCAGGCUCUUAUGCUGCUGUUCAGAAGUGCAACUGGAGAAGCCUGGCAUGAGAUCAUGUUGUCGUGUCUGAGUCAUCGACCCUGUGAUGAGCUCUCAGGGACCAGUGGGAAAGACUGUGGCAGUGAUUUUGCCUACUUCUACUUUGUCUCCUUCAUCUUCCUCUGCUCCUUCCUGAUGCUGAAUCUCUUUGUGGCUGUCAUAAUGGAUAACUUUGAGUACCUCACCAGAGACUCCUCCAUCCUGGGGCCGCAUCAUCUUGAUGAAUUCAUUCGAGUUUGGGCCGAGUAUGACCCAGCUGCUUGUGGCCGUAUCAAGUACUCCGAUAUGUAUCAGAUGCUGCUACACAUGCCCCCACCCUUAGGUUUGGGAAAGAAAUGUCCACCAAGAGUCGCCUACAAGCGUCUUGUCAAAAUGAACAUGCCCAUCGCUGAUGACAACACAGUUCACUUUACCUCCACUCUGAUGGGCCUGAUUCGCACUGCGCUGGAGAUCAAGUUGGCCUCAGGUAUGGUGCUGCAGCGUUUAAUGGAUGCUGAGUUAAAGAAAGAAAUAUCCACAGUUUGGCCGAGCCUCUCUCAGAAGACCAUGGAUUUGUUGGUGACGCCACACAAACCCAAUGAGCUAACGGUAGGAAAGGUUUACGCAGCACUGAUGAUCUUUGACUACUUGAAACAGAGUCGAGCGAGGAGGCUGCAGCAGAUGGCCAACUCUGACCCCCAGUGCAAGGUCGAAGCUCUGUUUAAGCCAUUGCUGCCUCUGACUCACAUGCAGGGCUCACCCAGUGCUCCUCAGUCUCAGCAAAGCCCGGAGUCAUUCCGUCAAGUGGUCAGCUCUAACUCCAUCAACAAUGGAGGGAUGCUGCCAGGUUAUGACCCCAGAAAUAAAUCAGUACCUUCCACUGGGAUGGAGAGGCCCACCGAGGGUGUCUAUCCCAAACCAAAGAGAACCAUAUCCAAAGGCCCAUCAGUGGACACAUCAAAUGCUGUCAAUCAGGAGUCAGUAGGGCUGAACAGUGUCAGCAGCACAGUCCCAGUCCCUGGUCCAGGUCUGGAGAGCCAGGGCAGGGCUGCUUCAAUGCCUCGACUCAACGUGGAGCUCCAGUCUGGUCGUGAUGCUAGCUCUAUGAGACGCUCUGUUACCACUGUAGCUCCACAGCGGCCCCAGGAGGUUAACCUUAGGGACUACACCCUAGAGAAACCUCGUCAGGAGAGAACACAUCACCAUCACCACCACCAUCACUGCCACCACCGCAGAGACCGGGACAAAGACAAGAGACAAGGGUCUUUGGAUACCCCUCUUGGGGGCCAACCUCCCAACUCAGCUGGUGGACCAGAACAGCCGGCAACUGAACCUGCUGCCUCCAGAGAGCGAGCCCAUAAACGUGGGCGCUCCCAUGAAAGGAAACACCAUCACUCCUCAGCAGACAAGCAACGCUACUACUCCUGUGACCGCUACUGCAGCCGGGAACGCUGCUGUCCCAUAUCUGCUACUGCCGCCUGCUCCUACAGAGACGAGCAGGAAACCAGCAAAAAGCAGGGCAGUGGUUUGGUUAAAGGCAGCCAAAAGGCAUCAAGAUCCGGUUCAAGCACACCAAGCCGUGGACGCCGGCAGCUCCCACAGGUCCCACACACCCCACGGCCUGGGGUGGGAUAUAAGACUGCAUACCCUUCUCAAGUGCACUUUGUGUCUAGUCAGGCUUCUCAGAGUCCUGGCCGACUAAGCCGUGGCCUGUCGGAACACAACACCCUCCGUCAUAGUGGUUCCUACUACUUCCCCUGCCCUGUCACUCGUAUCAGCUCAGAGCCCUUUCUGGGCCAGGGCCAUGGUGAGGCCCUGGGCAGUCCUUACAGCAGCUUCCAGAACCAGCUGGAUGUCUUCCAGGAUGUGGCAUCACUGUCCCCUACCCCUAGUGCCGAACAGUCACCCCGGACCACACUGCCUCGAAGGAUGGGAGCCCUACAUCCAACUUUUGGUGUAGACCCGAGUGUGCCCAAUGGGUACCACUUAAGUUUAGGGGGCAGCACCAGCCCAGGCACUGGAUACAGGGCACUGAGGUACAGAAGGUAGAUGGGAAUGAAUGGUGCUACCAUGGCUUUAAACCAACCUUUUUAAUGCAUUUUGAGGCAUUAUUAUGGGUUUUAUCAGCUUUUCUGAAGGCUUUAGUUUACAUGGUCAUUUUGUGUUUAAUAUUGUAUUCUAGCUCAGAAAGUUAAGGUGAUGUUUCACAUGGCAUUCUAAAACGAAAGGGAAAAGACAUUUCCUUUCCCAUAGGAGACACGUUUGUCUGGCAGUUGUUAGGGUGUUUUUUACCUCAGUGUUUUGUCGAAACCACCAUAUUGAGCUUGAAAGAAUAAUUGAAAUGGGAGAAUCAUUGUCUAUGUUCUAGUAAUAAUACCCUACAACUUGAACAGAUAAGAGUCUUAGAGUUUUAGAUAAGACUUAUGCAGACCAGCUGUACAUUCAAAUUCAGCCUUUUUUUUGUCUUAUUUAAACGUAGCGUUCAGUGCGGGACGUGGGUUUUUUUUCAUGGCGGCCGUUGUGCUACACAUAAUGCCUUUUGCUAUUGUGGAGAAAAUGAGUUGUGGUGUGUGUGUGCAGCUAACAUUUUGACCAAUAGUUCUUUUAUUAAAACUUAAAGCUGCACUAACUUGUCCUUCCAUAAGUCAGCAAUUAUAACAGAUUCCCCCUUUUCAAUGACGAUUUAACAGGUUCAAAUAGCAUCUAAUUCUCCAUGUUGGUGAUGAGUCCACUUGGUUCUGUUUAGUUAUGGAGCUUGCACUGUUCCCAAGUAUUCUUGCAAAGUGAACUCUUGAAAUUCUGGAUGUCUCUGAACAGACAUUUUUAGUAUGCUAACCACAAAAUACCAGCGUGUUAUGUUGAUAAUUUGUUUUUUUUCAGACAGACAUUUCAUCAACAAGACAUAAUAAAGCAAGACUUUCAUAUUUAGAAGUGUAAAUAUAACACCUUAUUACCAAAUAUACAUGCUCAAAUACAUGUAAAUACUCCACUUGACUGUGAGCCUGAAAAGAAGCAUGAUGAAGUUUAACUUAUAUAAUCAUACUCUGUUUCCAUUCAGUAAUUCAUAACAUAAAUAAUCUUCCCAUUUCCCAUAUCUCUUCUAAAUAAAAAUAGUUUCUGAACCAAAUGAAAAUAAUACACACACUCAUAUAUGCAUAUAUACACAUCUA